AUGAAACCAUUUAUCACUGGUCACGAAGAGUUGGUCCACGACAUCAAGUACGACUUCUAUGGCCGCCACAUCGCCACCGUGUCAUCUGAUCAACACAUCAAGGUGUUUGACUUGCACUCAGCCACCAAUUCAUGGGUGCUAAACGAUCUGUGGAAAGCCCACGAUUCCCUGAUCGUCAAAGUUACUUGGGCACAUCCCGAGUUUUCCAGCUCCAAGAUCAUUGCUUCGUGUUCGUACGACCGUACGGUGAAAAUUUGGCAGGAACAACCCGACGAGUUACAGGGUUCAGGAAGAAGAUGGAUGAAAUUGAGCACUUUGGCUAUAGAAUCGUACGGACCCAUUUAUGACGCGGUGUUUGCUCCCAAUCACCUAGGCUUCAAGUUGGGAUGCGUUGGAAGUGACGGGAUCUUCAGGAUAUACGAGUCACUUGACCCGUCCGAUUUGAGCAAUUGGACCUUGACCACAGAAAUACCUAUCUUGAGUCUGCAGCUUCCUGCCAAAAACUUGCAGAGCAGUUUUUCGAUCGAGUGGUGUCCUGCCAAGUUUUCCAACAGUGAAAAGUUCAUUGUAAUAGCGUUGGACCAAGGGUUUGUUUAUUCGUCGUUCGCAGACAACAAGAGCGAUGAGGCUGAUGGUGACGAUGACUCGAUCAAAUACAAGAAAAUCGGUAAUCUCCCUGAACACAACGGGUUGAUAAGAUCUGUGAGCUGGGCCCCAUCAAUGGGAAGAGGUUAUCAUUUGAUAGCCACCGGCUGUAAAGAUGGGUACGUGAGAAUCUUCAAAGCAGUGGAGAAAAAUGAUCAGGAGCUCAAGAUAGAGACCAUUGCUACUUUGAACGACCACAAUGGUGAAGUUUGGAGAGUGAACUGGAACAUGACGGGAACUAUUUUGAGCAGUGCUGGUGAUGAUGGGAAGGUGAGGCUAUGGAAGUGUAAUUACCGUAAUGAGUGGAAGUGCAUGAGUGUUAUCAACACAAGCAAUAGAGACCCAAAUAGGGUUACUGAAGAGGACUUGGAAACUCAGUAG